AUGGCCCCGGGCAGCCGCGCGCAGAGCGAGUACAUGAAGCGCUUCCGCCGGCCGCGCUGGGACGAGUGCGGCCCCUGCUACCGGGAGCUGCUGCGCUACCGCCGCGGCCGCCGGCUGCUGGAGCAGGCGCACGCGCCCUGGCUCUGGGACGACGGCGACGAGUCGGCGUCGUCGGCCUCGUCGGGCGCCGGGGACCCCGCGCCGCCCUGCGCCCCGGCCUCGCCCGCGGAGCCCCCGGAGGAGCGGGACGCGGCCCUGCCAGGUACCGGGGCCGGGACCGGCUCUUCCUGUCCCCCCGGGGGCGGAGGUGCCAGCGCCGCCCGCGCCCUCCCGCCCUCGCGUCCUCAGUUGGCGGCUCCCGCUCUGCCAGUGAAAGACGUGGAAGACGAACCUGAACAAGUCAGGACAGCAGAGCCCGACAGGUCCCCCGCCAUCGUCCAGCCUCGACAACAGCCAAGUGCCUUAUUUUCUAGAGGAACCAGGAAAGCAGUCAGAAGUCCCCAGAGGUCAAGUAGAAUAAAAGAAAACAAGCAUCCCUUUGCACUUUAUGGCUGGGGAGAAAAACAGACGGACACAGGAAGCCAGAAAACGCACAACGUCUGUGCAUCUGCCCCCGAGCAUGAGAUUCACGAGUCGGCGUUACGGGCCAAGAACAGGCGACAGGUGGAGAAGAGGAAGCUGUUUGCGCAGAGGCAGCGGGCUCACUCCGUGGACGUGGAGAGGAACAGGAGGCUCGUGUCCUCCUCCGCGGAGAGCCCGUGGGUGACAGAGUACAUGAGGUGCUACUCAGCCAGGGCUUGAGGUGGCAGCUGCUCGGACAGCCUCUGUGACAAAGUGUAAAUGACAGAAAGGAGAAACGAAACAAAAACCGUCAAAAGGAACGAUACAGGUUUGAGAAACCGACUGAUGAUGCAAGGUUUUUUUUUAGGGAAUUUCCAAAAGCUUGUUUUAUUUUCAUGAAUAGUUGUCACCUACCUCAGUCGUAGGGCAGACAGUUGAAGCCAUAGACAUUUGGUUAUUUAUGAAGAUAAUUCCCUAAAUCUUUGAUAUUCUUGUAAGUGUUUUGUUUUAAAGCAUCUUAAUCUUUUAAGAGACCGACACCAAAUGCCUUGAAGCGGCUGAGAUGCUUAGCACUCAUCUUUCUUUCCGUAGGUUUAGGUGACGUCUGUUGUCAUCCUGUUAGCUUUUCAGACUCCAUAGCUGGGAAGAUCGCUCCAGUUUGCAACGUACCACGCUUUUUCCCCGUGUGCAGUUUUCUUUGUGAAAGAAUAUUGUUGAAAGGAGUUUCAACACUACUGUUGUUCCCAUAUACGAUGAAACUAGAACUUUGGUCAUUCUGGAAAAAUUCAAUGUAACUUAUUUGUAUUUCAGUUCAGCACCACUUUCAUGCAGAUAUUUAAGAAUUUUCUGGGCUGGGCGAGGGUCCCUUUUUCUCUUUCAAUGAUCAUCUAAGCACUUAGUUCAAAUACAUUCCAAUAAAUAAGUGCCAAUGCAGUGCAUGUUUGUAGUAGUAAUGAAGUGUCUUUGGAGAGAUGCUCGCAUUUUUUUUUUAUUGCAAGAUUUUCUUUUCAGCACAUGGUGUACAACCAGUCACUUGUUACAGUCUGGCCUUUUAAAGUUCACCCACUGUGGACUUUUGCCUCUUCUAUAACAGCUGGCAAUGACAUUUAU